AUGUCACGCACAGGAGUAGUCACGUUCAAAGGCAACCCCAUGACGCUAGCAGGCGAAGAAGUGAAGGUUGGCAACGCCGCGCCCGAUUUCACGCUGCACCGGUUUGCGGACGGGCAGAUGAGCACGGUGACGCUGGCCGACCUGAAGGGCAAGCCCAGCAUCAUUAGUGUGGUGCCUUCGCUCGAUACUUCGGUUUGCCAACUGCAGACCAAGCACUUCAAUAAAGACCUCGGCGGGCUGGGCGACAAGGUGAAUGCCCUGACGGUGAGCCUCGACCUGCCGUUCGCCCAAAACCGCUUCUGCGGGGCCGAAGACAUCAAGAACAUGAUCAGCGGCAGCGACUAUCAGGACCGCAACUUCGCCACGAAUUGGGGCACCCUGAUCGAAGAGCUGAAGAUCCACGCCCGAGCCGUGUUUGUGUUGGACGCCGAUGGGAAGGUGGUCUACGCUCAAACGGUGAAGGAAGUUGCUGAAGAGCCGGACUACGAUGCGGCGAUGGCGGCGCUGAAGGGGCUGUUGACUGCCGUUGCGCACGGAACGCCACGGAGGGCGUUCCCUACAGUUUUGUUUUGGUGGGCUGUCGAGGUGGUUAUGUUCGAUCGUUGGCACGGCUUGUUGGUGUUGUUGUGUGUUUGCGUCGCGGCAUACGGUCGACAUACGCUCGCCGCAGAUGAGAUUCGGCGGCCGAAUGUUCUGCUGAUUUACACCGAUGAUCAGGGCAGCAUCGACACGAACGUUUACGGCUCUGAUGAUCUGAUCACGCCGCAUACCGAUGCGUUGGCUCGACGUGGGGUGCGGUUCACGCAGAUGUAUGCUCCGGCGCCGAUUUGUUCGGCUUCUCGCGCGGGGUUGCUCACGGGAAGAUUUCCUCCUCGGGCCGGCGUGCCGAAUAACGUGUCGCCGUUUGAUCACAGCACCGACCUGCCCAGCGAACAGGUGACCAUCGCCGAAAUGCUGCACGAUGCCGGGUACGACACGGGGCACGUGGGGAAGUGGCACCUGGGGCAUACUCCGCAGACCACGCCGCUGGGGCAGGGGUUCGAUUCGUCGUUCGGUCACAUGGGCGGCUGCAUCGAUAACUACUCGCACUUCUUCUAUUGGAAUGGACCCAACCGCCACGACUUGUGGCGCGACGGACUCGAGGUGUGGGCCGACGGCGAAUUCUUUCCGGACUUGAUGGUUGAGGAGUGCAAUCGUUUCCUGGAGAAAGAGAGGGAGCGGCCAUUCUUCUUAUAUUGGGCCAUCAACGUGCCGCACUACCCGCUGCAGGGCACUGCCAAGUGGCGUAAGGAGUAUGAGCACCUCGAGUCGCCUCGCGAUAUGUAUGCCGCGUUUGUCUCGACCAUGGAUGAGUGCGUGGGCCAGGUGCUGGGGAAACUCGACGAGCUGCGGCUGAGCGACAACACGCUGGUCAUCUUUCAGUCGGAUCAUGGGCAUUCGACCGAGGAACGCACGUUUGGCGGUGGCGGAAACGCCGGGCUCUAUCGCGGGGCGAAGCAGUGUUUGUUUGAAGGCGGGUUGCGGGUUCCUUCGAUUGUGGCUCUGCCGGGUGUGAUUCCUGAAGAUGAAGUUCGCGAUCAGAUGGUGGUCGCCUGCGAUUGGCUGCCUACGAUCGCCAGUCUCUGCAAUGUUUCGCUGCCGGAGCGGAUGCUAGACGGGAGUGAUAUUUCGCCGGUGAUUCAGUCGGCCAGCGCGACUUCGCCGCAUGACCGGUGGUAUUGGCAGUUCGGCUCUGGCCCGCGUGGUUCUUGGGCCGUGCGGAAGGGGCCCUGGAAGUUGCUUGCCAACCCGCGGGACACCAGCAAUAAGGGACCGCUCGGUAAGGAUGAUCAACUCUUUCUGGUGAACCUCGACGACGACAUCGGCGAGAUGCACAACGUGGCGAAGGAGCACCCGCAGGUGGUUGAGGAGUUGCUGCAAUUGCGGGAAGAGUACGCCGAGGAUAUCGGUGAGCAUGCGUUGCCGGUGCAGAAGUAA